GGAGCCGCCAUGAUGGCCGCCGUGUACCGGGUGAGGGUCCGAACCGGCACCGCCCCCGGCGCCGGCACCGCCGACUCCAUCGCCCUCACCCUCGUGGGGACCCGCGGGAGCAGCCCCAGGACACCCCUGGACCGAUGGGGGCCCGACUUCGGCUGCGGCGCGGGGUUGUGACACAGGCAUGGUGACAGCGGUGGCCUGGUGAUGGUGACAGCAAUGGUGACACAGCUGUGGUGACAGCGGUGGUGACACAGCCAUGGUGACAGCGGUGACACGGUGAUGGUGACAGCAGUGGUGACACAGCCAUGGUGACAGCGGUGGUGGCGUGGUGAUGGUGACAGUGGUGACACAGCCGUGGUGGCAGUGGUGGCACAGCCAUGGUGACAGCGGUGACACGGUGAUGGUGACAGCAACGGUGACACAGCCACGUUGACAGUGGUGGUGGCACAGCCAUGGUGACAGCAGUGGCAUGGUGAUGGUGACAGCAACGGUGACACAGCCACGUUGACAGUGGUGGUGGCACAGCCAUGGUGACAGUGGUGGUGGCAGCGGUGGCAGUGACGGUGGCAGCGCUGAAGGUGACAGAUUACCUGGUGCAGUGUCCCCACCCCCUGGGGACCCUGCUCCUGGCCCAGGUGCACAAAGGGCCCCGCCGGGGGGUCCCCGACAGCUCCUGGUUCCUGGAGACCCUCAGCGUGUGGGGCGGGGGCAGAGACCCCCCCGGGGAGCCCCCCCGGGACCCCCUGAGCGAGGAGGAGGAGGAGGAGGAGGACGGAGGGGACAGCGAGGAGGACGGAGGGGACAGCGAAGGGGACAGCGAGGAGGACGGAGGGGACAGCGAAGGGGACAGCGAGGAGGAGGAGGAGGAGGAGGAGGAGGAGGGGACAGAGGACGAGGACACCGAGGGUGACACCGAGGGGGAGGGGGAGGAGGAGGAGCCCCCUGAGCAGCAGGAGGAGGAAGACGAAGAGGAAGAAGAAGAGGAGGAGGAGGAAGAAGAAGAGCCGGGAGAUGCUGCAGGUGACCCCGCGGUGUCCCCGCCCGGCCCCUUCCACUUCCCGUGUUACCGCUGGCUGGAGGGCUACGGCACCUGGGACCUGCCCGAGGGCACAGCCACCACCCCCGCCAUGGAGCGGCACCCGCGGCUGCGGCGCCUGCGCCGGCGUCACCUGCGGGCUCAGCAGAGGAGGUACAGGAAUUUGGAGUCCAAGCUCAGGGGGUUCCUGUCCCGACCCUGCUCGUGGCCCAGCCUGGAGUCCCUGACGGGCGUGUUCCGCUGCUUCCACACCCCUGUCACCGAGUACGUGGUGCGGCACUGGCAGGAGGACGCGUUUUUCGGGGAGCAGUUCCUGAGCGGGGUGAACCCCGUCCUGCUGCGCCGCUGCCCCCGCCUGCCCCCCAACUUCCCCGUCACCCCCCGCAUGGUGGAGCCCGCCCUCGGCCCCCACACCUCCCUCCAGGCCGAGAUGGAGGCCGGGAACGUGUACCUGGUGGAUUAUGGGGUGCUGGACGGGGUCCCCACCGCCCUCAUCGACGGCCGCCCCACCUUCGUGGCCGCCCCCCUUUGCCUCCUGCACCAGAGGGAGGACGGCGAGAUGAGACCCCUGGCCAUCCAGCUGUCCCAGCAGCCUGGCCCCGAGUCCCCCAUUUUCCUGCCCGGGGACCCCCCCUGGGUGUGGGCCCUGGCCAAGGCCUGGGUGAGGAGCGCCGAGUUCCAGGUGCACGAGGGGCUCACCCACCUCCUGCGGGGGCACCUGCUGGGAGAGGUGUUCGCCCUGGCCACCCUCAGGCAGCUGCCCCCACAGCACCCCCUUUUCAAGGUGAGGAACAGCCCCCACCCCAAA